GCAAACAAUAAACAAACAUCAAACGUGGUAACCACAGCAGCAGCAGACACUGGCUUUUCAGUAACAUUUUAAUAUCGGCAUCACCUCGCACCGGCUAGCUCUCCCGUUUUGCUCUACCUUACACUCUAACCAUCCCCUUCUGGUUCUGAAAAAUUUAAUAGCCUUCGUGGAGCAAUCCUUAAAUCUUCCGGACCACGAGCCGGAUCUUAGAUGGUAUCGCCGCGCAAGCCGGCAACGUCCAUUAGCUCGGCAAUACCUCGCUUGAGUCAAAAAAGUCAGAUGGCAACAUCGGCCAAAAGCUGUGAGAGCCUGUUUUCGGCCAGCUCCCGGGAAUCGGCCAGUUUGAUUUAUCAACGGAAGCAGCCGCCGCCACAGCAUCGCAGUGGCAUGAAGGGUUCCAGCAACGGCAGCCUCCGGCAGCCAACAAUAGUGUCCUCGGCACAGAAUCACAGUGAGAUCCAUCAGCGUGUCAUGUCCGCGAGGAAUCUGCGGGCCAAGACCUUCCAGAACCAACUGGCCGAUGCCCAGGCGGAAAUAGCUAAUUUGGCGCACGAAAACCGGAUGCUUCGCACGCUCCACAACCGUCAGUCGUCGGCGCUGAACAAGUACGAGUCCAACAAUGCGGAGCUGCCACAGUUGCUGCACUCGCACGCCGAGGAGCUGCGUGUCUGGCAGACCAAGUACCGCAAUCUUCAGGCGGUCAACAAGGAUUUGGAGCAGAAGCUCAAGCAAAAGGAGGCCAUUAUCCUGUCGCUGAGCGAUCAGAACAAGCACUACAGUCAGCUCAACAAGGAUAAAAACCUUGACGAACGCCAGAAGCUGCAGGAGAAGCUACGAUCCCUGGAGCAGCGUCUGGAGGACAAGGACAAUGACAUGAAGCUGAUGGCUCGUAAGGUGCAGCUGGAGUCCAAAAACUUCCGCCAGCAGCUUCUCAACGAGCAGAAGAAAUGCAAGGAGGUGAUGCUGAAGCUGGAAAAGUCCAAGCUCGAAAUCAGUGGCUAUCGCAAGCUAGAGGAAUACUCUCUCGGCACCGAGAAGGUGAAUCCCUUAUCCUCCGGUCGCCGCACCAAGCUCAGCGGCGUAAACGAGGAGCCGGACAAGAUAGACAAGCUGGAGAAGUCCCUGGAGAUGCUGGACAAGGCAAUCGAGAAGAACAGCCAGAUGGAGUUCAACGCCUUAACGGAUGUGCUGGAGUCGGACACGUACUUUGACUUCGAGAAGGAUGAGGCAGAGGACAAGAGCGGUCCAUGCACUCCGCCGACCCCGCAGCCGGAGCGACAGACGGCUGGUGGACGUAGCGGAAAGCUCAUCUUACCACCGGCCAACAAUAAGGCCAAAGUGGCCCCAAACCAGAGCCGUUCUACCCUGAGCCAAGUGCUCUCGGCGCAGGGAAAAACGCCACUGGCCGCCGCCGCCUCUGGAAAGAGUGGCAAUGCCAGACAACGUGUAGUUACUGCUGUCAAGACGGAGAGUAUUCCGCCCAGCAAGCGUCGUGAUUCGGCUAGCCUGUCUAAGAUAUCUUCCACCGAGGGAAAGUCCAAGCAGACGUCGCUAAAGUCCCUGGAGUACGACUACGAGGAUGAUUACGAGCCUGCCGGCGCUGAUGAAGACGAAACGGAUGCCUACGGCCUUAUGUCCAAGAUGUGCGAUCAGGGAUCAGAUGAUCCCGAGGAGAACAGCGAUGCCAACGAUGCCACUCUGGUAAAAUAUGCAGCCUACUUGGACACCAAGAGCAGCGAGGGCGAUCUGCAGGAAGAGUCACAGGAAGAGGACGAGGAGACGGACGGCCAGAACACGCAGCGCAGCGAUGAAGAGUCCCAGGACAACGGCGUUCGUGCUCCACGUCUUAAGGAGAACAUGUCCAGCCUGCGCAAGCAGAUCUCCGAUGACUACAAGGAGCGCGAGAGCUUCCUGAAGACGUUCUGUCGCCAGGCAAGUAACAGCAAUAUGCGCGACGAUCCGGCGUCCAAGAAGCGGAACAGCAUUGCCAGCGGAGCGGCUGCAAGCAGUCACAUGACCGGCAGUCGGAAGCAUGCGCUUUUGGCCGCUCUAAAGACGAUCGACGACAACAAGAGCCAGGACUAGGGCAGCACACUAAGUUAGUUCCCACAAUAAUGUCCAGUUCAAGUUAGUCCCUAAGCUAUGUUGCGUUAUAUAUAUAUUUUCCAAAAACUGAGACCGGCUCUUCCGGCUCUGCUGGAGCAGCUGCAGCGAACGGUGCCGGAACGCUAUACCAUCGAUUUUUGUAGCUGGUCCAGCGUCGGAAGUGCAGGCGUUGAGUAAAUUCUAUUUGAAAUGUAA